AUGGUGGGCGCGCAGCGUUUCAGCGAAGAUGUCAACGUCAACGUCAAGCGACUGAUGUGUAUGACAACCAAAUCUGUCACCAUGACAUCUCCUGAAGCAAGUUUGCAGAGGCAAGGAUCAGGAGCUACGGGCGGAAACAACAAAACUUCUGGAGGACAAGAUGCGUCCAAGAAGGAUGUGCCCGAGGACUUUGACAUUGACAUGGACGCGCCAGAGACCGAGAAGGCGGCCGUCGCCAUCCAAUCACAGUUCAGGAAGUUUCAGAAGAAAAAACACGACGAGAAACCCUAGUGGCCGCGGGGCAGCUCCGCCCGCGGUGACCAGAGGGUUCCGGAAUGGCAUGGUGUGAUGUUGCAUGUACAAGAAAUUCAUUCUGUUUUUUGGACUUAAGGGCAAAGGAAGAGGAGGGGGGGGGUU